CCAAUCAGGCCGUGGUUUCGCCCAUUGAGCCGCGGCCACAAAGAGACGAAGGGACAUUAGAGUCGUUAGCUGAGCAGUGCUGGAAGGGCCAACUAGCUGUAAUCGAACUGGAGGUGUGCGCCGAUUUGCCUGAGCUAGAGAGGUGCAUCCGAGCUUUGUAGUUAGACACUCAUCUAUUCGGAUUCCAGGUAAAGCUGUUUCGGGGAAGUGGCGGACUAUAGCCAAGAGAGGGGCCUUUAAUUGGCACAGGAGGAGUUUUAUAAAAGAUGUCAUGACGGCCAUCACUGGACAAAUAAAGAUGAAGCUGAACGUUCGAAUGAACGCGUUUCUCAUCGUGUUCGGCUGCUUUUGUCUCGCUUCCACUGGAGCGUCGGAAACAGAGCGAAGACUCCAUCGGAAGAUAUUCCAGGACUACAACAUGAAAGUCAGGCCGGCUCGAAGCUGGGAGGACAAGGUGAUGGUGCGAGUGGGGAUGACCCUCUCCCAGCUUGUCAGCUUGAAUGAGAAGAACGGCGAGAUGACAACCAACGUGUUCAUGAAUUUGGAAUGGACAGACUACAGGUUGUCAUGGAACCCAGCAGAGUACGACGACAUUGAUGUGUUGAGAAUUCCUCCCAACAAGGUGUGGCGUCCUGACAUAUACCUCAUAAACAAUAACGAUGGCCAGUUUGACGUUGCUCUGUAUGUCAACGUCUUGGUGUACAGCGACGGGACAGUCAACUGGCUCCCACCAGCCAUCUACCGCAGUUCCUGCUCUAUAGAGGUGGCGUACUUCCCGUUUGACUGGCAAAACUGCAGCAUGGUCUUCCGCUCGUACACGUACGACGCCUCCGAGGUCGACCUGCAGUACUUCCUGGACGAGGAGGGCAAAGAGAUCCAUGAGAUUGUCAUAGACGAGAAUGCUUUCACUGAGAACGGAGAAUGGGCCAUUUGUCACAAACCGUCAAGGAAGAACGUCAAAGAGGACCUGUACGAGGACAUCACUUUCUAUCUCAUCAUCGAGAGGAAGCCUCUCUUCUACAUUAUCAACAUCAUUGUGCCCUGCAUCCUCACCAGCGUCCUAGCUAUAUUCGUCUUCUACCUCCCUCCCGGAGCAGGGGAGAAGAUGACUCUCUCCAUUUCCGUCCUCAUUGCUCUCACCGUCUUCAUGCUGCUGCUGGCCGACAAGGUCCCAGAGACGUCCCUCGGCAUCCCAAUGAUCGUCAACUACGUCAUGUUCACCAUGAUCCUUGUUACCUUCUCUGUCAUCCUGAGCGUUGUCGUUCUCAACCUGCACCACCGGACGCCCAGCACGCACAUCAUGCCGCACUGGGUUCGAAUGGUGUUUAUCCACUUCCUGCCCAAAUACAUCGGCAUGGCGAGGCCGAACCCAGAGGAGCCUCUGCUGAAGGAGGAGUCUUCUGACGAUACGCACAUCCGAAGCUACAAUGGACGACAGCCUGGGGGAGAGUACUUCUUUCGCAAGAUCAACCCUGAUCUUGUCAUACCGUGGAGAGACAGGUGCGAGAGCACAGUUCAGCUCCAGCGGCUCCCGAACACAGACAGCUACUGCCUGAUCCUCCCUCCCAACCUGAAGUCGGCCAUCGCCGCCGUGACAUACAUGGCCGAGCAGCUGAAGAAGCAGGACACAGACGACACAAUGACAGGAGACUGGCAGUUCAUAGCCCUGGUGGUCGACCGCCUCUUCUUGUGGCUGUUUGUCAUCAUCACCACUCUGGGAACUCUCGCCAUGUUCUUGGACGCCAGUUUCAAUUAUACACCUGACAACCCAUUUCCAUAGCGGCCGACACAGCUGGAGCCUGACGCAUUGCGCGGUCGUCACGUCGCUUCUUCCUCUCCUCCUCUGAGAUCACCGGAUCUGACUUUCCAUGAGCAAAUAUUCCAUUCGUCUGUGGUCAGCCUCUGGCAUGGUAUGCGAGGCCGUCUUUCAACAGAGAGCAGUAGCGGACACGGGCCUCACACGCAGCUGAGAUAAUGACACGAUCCCUGUAUGUAGCUUUGUGCUUUUGCAUUAUUUCGCUCGAUAUCGUGUAUCUAAACUAUUGUUAUCUUAUCCGAGAUUAAAAGUGUUAAAUACA